UUGUUUAGUAAGUUUUAUAUAGAAUAGAUAUAUAGAUAUGAUUUAAAAACUUUUAUAGCAAAGCUAAAUACACUAUGAAAUGCCUCAAAAACACGAAUAAGACAUUGAAUUGGUUUGCUUUUUGGAUUCUUACAACCAGAAAGUUUAACUUGAGGCUCAAGGCAGUUGCCCGGAGCCAACGUGUCAGCGCAUUCAGCUUGAAGUCUGCCCCUCUCGCCACCGGUCAAAUAUAAAAGCCCAAGCAAUCACUCUUUUGCUCCAGACACCUCUCAAGACUACUCCGCAUCCAACUACCGACAUGUUUGUUCCCACUUAGUAAAUUUUUUCAUGAGAGUUUUCCCUUAACUUGUCCUUUUCCCCCUCCGCUGCGUUUGAUAUUCUUUCCUCAUAUGUUAUUCAUUGUCAUGCCUAGUUCUAUAUAACUUUCCUAUAUAAAAAAAAAGCCUUUGGAUUGCACUUCAACUUCCAAGAUCAUGGCAUAUUACAGAAGAGCCAAGCUUGCGCUUGAUGGCUUUCACCGUUGUGGUUCCAAGAUUCUUUCCAACGCUCCCCUUACUCAACUGCCCACUUCGAAGAUUUCUCAAACUGGGUCUUCGAUUCUAGCACGGAAUAGUGCUAAAUUGUUUGGGUUUUGCUCAUAUUCAACGAUUUCGCAGAAAUCGGUUUCGCAGAUGGGAUUAGGUAGAAGUAAGUGUAAUAAUCCCUUUCUCAGCGGCGCUAAGAGAUGUUACUAUGUUGAUCGGUACCAAGUUCAGCAUUUUAGGCCACGGGGUCCUCGGCGGUGGUUUCAGAAUCCAAGAACCGUUUUGAUUGUGGCUGUGGUGGGUUCGGGGGCUCUAAUUACAGUUUAUUUUGGGAAUUUAGAGUCUAUCCCUUAUACCAAGAGAACCCAUUUCGUGCUUUUGUCGAGAUCAAUGGAGAGAAGGCUCGGAGAGGCCCAAUUUGAUCAGAUGAAGGGUGCUUUUAAGGGGAAGAUAUUGCCGGCAAUACACCCAGAGAGUGUUCGAGUUCGGUUGAUAGCAAACGACAUAAUAAAGGCGUUGCAGAAAGGAUUACGUCAUGAACAAGUGUGGAGUGACUUGGGUUAUGCGUCCGAGAGCCUUGGGACACCCCAGGAGGAAAGUGGGCACGAUACGUUGAUGGCUCUCAAGGAAAGUGGUGGAGAGGGGAAAGUGGAAGAGAAGUGGUUCCGUGAUGAUGAGAUUCUUGAUGAUAAAUGGUUUGAGGAGACUAGGAAGAAGGGUCAAGAAAGAGGGUCUCAAUCUGCUACUUCCCAUUUAGAGGGAUUGAAUUGGGAGGUUCUUGUAGUGGACGAGCCUGUUGUUAAUGCUUUCUGUUUGCCGGGUGGGAAAAUUGUAGUCUUUACAGGAUUGCUUGAGCAUUUUAGAAGUGACGCCGAGAUAGCAACUAUAAUUGGCCAUGAGGUUGGGCAUGCUGUGGCUAGACAUGCUGCAGAGGGUAUUACGAAGAACUUAUGGUUUGCCAUUCUGCAAUUGGUGCUUUAUCAGUUUGUUAUGCCUGAUAUUGUCAACACCAUGUCAGCAUUAUUCUUGAGGCUUCCUUUUUCUCGAAGGAUGGAAAUGGAAGCUGAUUAUAUUGGACUGCUAUUGAUCGCUUCAGCUGGGUAUGACCCUAGAGUGGCACCAAAGGUGUAUGAGAAGUUGGGCAAGGUUACUGGAGAAUCUGCUUUAAGAGAUUAUCUUUCGACUCAUCCAUCAGGAAAGAAGAGAGCUCAGUUGCUGGCUCAAGCGAAGGUCAUGGAAGAGGCCCUUACUAUAUACAAAAAUACCAGAGAUGGAAAAGGGGUCGAAGGUUUUCUUUAAGGGCAAAAAAAAAAAAAAAAAAGCAAAAGAAAGAAAAAGAUCCCUUGUAAGUUGUACGGGUUGAAAAUUGAAAUUUCUCAGUUUUCAGGUUUUUGUUUUUUUCCUUGAAACGUACCUCUUGAUGAGGGUAAGUUUAUAUUGUAUUAUUUCAAGUGUAAUCGAGAUCCUGACAUGCUCUCAGAUAUUUUUUUCGGACAAAUUUUGACUGACAAUGAAUGAAGAAACAUGUAAAUUUUGUCA